CGAUGAGGCACGUACAAGCAUUUCACUCGACACUGCGUGAUUAAAAGCCUAAUGGUUACGAUGCAAGCUUUUACCCUAUUGGCCUUGUGUUUCAGGGUUUUUUAAUUUUCAAACUGGAAUAUAAUUUAAAGAAAUACACAGGCAAACAGAAAUUAAGAAAAUGUUGAAUAACUGCGAUGAGACAGAGAUGGACAGAUUAGAGUUACCUCCCGUUGAUGUAUCACCGCGCGGUGUGGUAACUAGGCAACCGUCGAGCGCGCGUGGGUCAAGGUCGAGCGUUGGUCCGUUUACACCACGUGAAAGGUCAAGACUGACACUGAAGACGGCCGCAAGGGGUCACAGAGAUUGGACCACAGGACUAUCUGAUUGCAAUCGGGAACAUGCUUUUACAAAACUAUACACGUGUCUGUGUCCUUGUCUGAGGCUAUGGGACCUUCUGGAGCGGCUUGGGGAGUCAGGGGCCGCCGCCCUCAUCCCUUGUGCAUGGCCCCUUAUCAGGGUAAAGGUCAGGGGCCUUGGCGGGAUACAGGGAACCAUGCUCGGUGACUGCUGCGCAUGCGUGUUCUGUACCGGAUGUAGCAUAUGUCAAACGUCCCGUGAAAUAGAUCAAAUGAUCGUUCAACCGGAACAAUAUAUACGACCUCUCCAGUAACAGGUUGUUUUAAGAAAAGUCAUAAUAUGAUUCGGAAAGGUUUGCAAACAAUAAUUUUGUAUAAGCAACUUGUUGAUAAUUAUAUACAAAUUAUUGUAUUUCGUUAUACCGUGCUUUAUGUCGAUGCUUCAUCCCGAUAAGACUGUUCUUUUUGCCAAAACAGAACACUUAUUGCAAACAACGUUUGAAUGUUGUUAGGAAUAUUGUAAAAGGCGGACAUAAAACAUACAUUUCGAGAAAAUAAAACUCCUAGUGUUCGAAGAAAAGACACGCGAUACAAAUUUUAUUGUUAUGAACUCACGGUUUUAAGUUGUUGAUAGUUUGUAAUACCUUGGUGUACUUCAUUGACAAAAUAAAAGCAAAUGAUGAGUGAUAUUAAUUAAUUUCGGCUUUGUAUGUAUUCAAUACGAGGCCUAUGUGAAUAAGUCUAAAUUAAUUAUCUCUGCCUCUCUCUAUUAUUAUUAUAAUCAUAACUAUUAUUAUUUCUGUUACUUUUAUUAUUAUUAUUGUUUUUAUUAUUAUCAUUAUUAUUAUGCGAGGGAUCGAUAUGUCUUUAAACAUGUACACAAAUGUUUCGGAUUAGCCCCUCCAUGACGUUGACAAUAGUUAACUCAUCGUUGUUUUGAGUGCGUCAUUUCCUGUUGUUUGCAUAACAUUGCAAUUUCUAAUUAGAUCUUCAUAUUGAAACGUUUCGAAUGGCGAUGUGUGUUUCUCAACCCGAUAUAGAUGUUUAUAAUGUUAAUAAAGAAUACACAUGAGUUGCCAGAAUUUAACACCUUUGAUUAAUAAA